AUGUCGUUCUUUAACUCGAUCCGAGGAUUCGGUCGGAGCUCCAAGAAGUCCAAGAAGGAACUCGAAACCGCUAAUCCGUUUUAUACUUCAUCGCCAUCAAAUGCCAGUCGAAGAUCAAACUCCCCUACCAAACUUUCUCCGUCCAAACAGCAACGAUUAACCAACCAAAUCCAAUUUUCAAAUCAAGUGUCCCCCACGAAAAAACGACUGAGUGUUCAACUGAACCCUCCAGCUGUUCAUAAAAGAAGCACAACUUCAUAUCCCCCACCAUUAUUUAUGUGUGAACCAUUCAUCAAAACUGCGUUAGUGAAAGGGUCAUUUCGUACCAUUAUUCAGUUACCGAAAUACGUGGACUUUGGUGAAUGGUUAGCCUUAAACAUCUUUGAGAUGUUCAACAACUUAAACCAGUUUUAUGGAGUCUUGGCCGAAUAUACCACGCCGGACUUAUAUCCGACCAUGAAUGCUGGGCCCAAUAUAAAUUAUCUAUGGAUCGACGGGUCAGGUCAACCGGUUGAUUUACCUGCUAAUCAAUACAUUGAUUUGGUAAUGACAUGGAUUCUGAGUAAACUUAAUGAUCAAGCCGUGUUCCCCACAAAAAAUGGGGGCGCGUUCCCCCCAAACUUUGUCAAAGACUGUAAAAAUAUAUCAAGACAAAUGUUUAGAGUGUUUGCCUUUGUCUACUACAAUCAUUUCGAGAGGAUCCUACAUUUGUCCUUAGAGGCACAUUGGAACUCUUUCUUUGCCCAUUUCGUCAGUUUUGUCAAAGAGUUCUCGUUGAUAGAAAGAAAGGAAAUGGAUCCUUUGUUACCUUUGAUUGAGAAUCUUGAACUACAGGGGAAGAUUAUCUAA